AAAACAAUUUAACCAAGCUAAAAGAAGUUGAUUUUUCAAAAGAGUGGGAUGUUUUUAAUUUUUGUUUAAUUUUUUGUUUCAUAAGAUUUAAACAGAAAUUACACACAACACGCUAAUACAAAAUUCUAAAAUAAAAAAUAACUAAUUGUCAAUAACCUUCCUUCCCCUGACCCUCAAACAACUUCCAUUACUUGUUCUUCCUGAUUAUUCUAUGGCCAACGACGCCGCGUUCCGGUCGUGUCUGGUAUGGCUGGCGGUGAUAGUGGCAGUAGUAGGACUGUGCACGCAGUCGUUGAGGAAGAUGAUGGCCACGUACCUCCUCGGCAUGUUUGCGGUGGCCGGUGUUCUGUUGCCUGAUUGGGAAUUCUUUGACCGCCAUGUCUCUCGAUGGUCCUCUCCUGUUUCUUUUCAUGACAUGCGUCAGCAGCAGCCUCACUCUGCCUCUGCUCAAAGAGUCCCAACAACACCACCACCCACAAGGUCCAGAAUGUACCCAGUGAGGGUGAUGGUUUACACUGCAGUUUAUGGUAUUGCUUUCUAUAAGUGGUGGAUGUUCAUGUCAAACUAGUGGAUGUUGCUGCCAUCAAUGGUUGAAUUCGAACUUUUUGUUUGCAUGUAUGGUUAUGGGGUUUGUCUCUUUGGAUCAAGCAUGCAUUCCUCAGAAUGGGGAAUUGCAUGACUCAACUAACUUGUUUGAUUAGCUGGAACAUUUACAACCCGUUUAUCUUUAGAAAUAUACUAUUAUGCAUGCUCUUUUUCUUCUUUUUUUCCCCUCAUUUCCUCCCUCUUUCCCCCUCCUUCCCCCUCUCCUUCCCCCUCACUUUUCCAUCCCGUCCACACCACCACAGAGGAGGGAAGAGUUAUGGAUUUGGGGUUUUCAUAGGAGUGGGCAUCAGCCCACUAGCUCGCCCACCCCGCUCAAUUCAGUCCUAUUUUUUUAGAGUUUGAGAAUAUUAUUUUAAUCCAUAGGGGUGGACUGGAUUGAUAUUUUCAACCCGAUUGAUUAAUGAGUUGAAUUUGAGAAACA